AAACCACCCCGCCAUUCACCACCCUUACUUCCCUAGUCAUGGCCGACACCAUCCCUACUCGACUACUCAUCAUCUCAGAUACACAUGGAGAGGACUUCGACUCCAACACCAGGCCACAACAACGGGCUGAUGUCGUCCUUCACUGUGGCGACCUGACAGACGGAUCCAAGCUAGAAGAAUUUCACACCGCGCUCAAUAUGCUUCGGAGCAUCGACGCACCCCUCAAACUCAUAAUACCUGGGAAUCACGACUUUACAAUGGACCGCGAUGCAUUCACGACAAAAGUGGCAGAAGCAAAACAACCCUUAAAUCCCGAACUUGUUGCUCAAGAGUAUGGCAGAGUCGGACAAGCACAGCAGCUGUUCGAUGACUCCAAGGACGAAGGUAUCGUCUUUCUGCACGAGGGUACACAUCAAUUCACUCUCAAUAAUGGAGCUAUGCUGACCAUUUAUGCAAGCCCAUACACUCCAGCCUUGGGUGCAUGGGGUUUCCAAUAUCAUCCCAAUCACGGCCGUCGCUUUGACAUCCAGGGGGGCACAGACAUUGUCAUGACUCAUGGCCCGCCAAAAGGGAUUAUGGAUUUCACUUCUAGUCGUGAAAGGGCGGGCUGCACUGACCUUUUCGCAGCUGUUGCCCAGGCCCGACCUCGAGUUCACUGCUUCGGCCAUAUUCAUGAGGGCUGGGGCGCCAAAUUGGUCACCUGGAAAGACAGCGGCAUCAACGAACCCUCUCGCUUCACAUCGAUCGACAACAACAACUCUUCCGUCAUCGAAAACCUCAACACACUCAAGAAGAUAAAAUUCGACUCUAACGACAUUGUGGAGGAAAAGCAAGCAAAGGUGGAGCAAUUAAGACAGCACAGAUGCGCAUCAACUAGUCACUGUGCUCAGGAUGAGUAUCCACUUGUGGCAGGCAGUCAGACGCUGUUUGUCAAUGCCGCAAUCAUGGGAGAUGGAGAUGUUGUACAGAGACCCUGGCUCGUCGACAUUGAAUUGCCGAAGCAAGGAGGGAAUGUCGGCGACUGAAGGCAUCUGCAGCCAACAUAGAAA